AGGUAUUCUUUAAAAGUAUGUUAGUAAAGAUUAUCUGAAAUAGGUUUGUAUUUUAGUGGUGUCAGUACGUUAAAAAAUAUUCCAGAAGACUCCCCUUGCCAAAAGAAAAUCCUUACUACUUUUUAAAUGACUAUUCAGUAGCAUUAUUUUUGAAGUAUUUUUGCUUAAGUCCUGGUCAAAAUGUAUAAAAAGUUUCUUUGGGAAAGUUCACGGUUUUAUAAAACAAAUUAUAUUUCUGGCAUACUGAUCUUUCUGAGUGCUACCCCAGUUUAGGGUUGUUGGGUGUGCGUAUGUUUGCUUUUUGUUUUUUAUAAUUGUUAACUCGGGAAUUCUGUCAUUGUAUGCCAAAUAGCAGAGCAAUAAAACUUUGCAUGCGCCCCUGUGCGUUUCCCUCUGGGAAGCACAUGUUCACUUUCCUUCCCUGAGUUUUGCCACUGCACCAUCUACUCUACCCAUACAACUCUCUUUCCUUCAAGGAGAUCUCCAACUAAAGACAUGGAUUCAGAAGAGAAGGAAAUUGUGGUUUGGGUUUGCCAGGAAGAGAAGAUUGUCUGUGGCUUAACUAAACGCACCACCUCUGCUGAUGUCAUCCAGGCUUUACUUGAGGAACAUGAGACCGCAUUUGGAGAGAAACGAUUUCUUCUGGGGAAGCCCAGUGACUACUGCAUCAUAGAAAAGUGGAGAGGCUCAGAACGGGUCCUUCCUCCACUAACUAGAAUCCUGAAGCUUUGGAAAGCAUGGGGAGAUGAGCAGCCCAACAUGCAAUUUGUUUUGGUCAAAGCAGAUGCUUUUCUUCCAGUUCCCUUGUGGCGGACAGCUGAAGCCAAAUUAGUGCAAAACACGGAAAAGCUAUGGGAGCUCAGCCCAGCAAAUUACAUGAAGACAUUACCACCAGAAAAGCAAAAGAGAAUUGUCAGAAAAACUUUCCGGAAACUGGCUAAAAUUAAGCAGGACACAGUUUCCCAGGAUCGAGAUAGUAUGGAGACAUUGGUUCAUCUGAUUAUUUCCCAGGAUCAUACUAUUCAUCAGCAAGUCAAGAGAAUGAAAGAGCUGGAUCUGGAAAUUGAAAAGUGUGAAGCGAAGUUCCACCUUGAUCGGGUAGAAAAUGAUGGAGAAAAUUAUGUCCAGGAUGCUUAUUUAAUGCCCAGUUUCAGUGAAGUUGAACAAAAGCUGGGCUUGCAGUAUGAUGAAAACCAGAUCUUGGAGGACCUGGGUGCAAGUGAUGGAAUUGUACAGCUGGAAGAACGACUAACAUAUUACAGAAUGCUCAUUGACAAGCUCUCUGCUGAAAUAGAGAAAGAGGUAAGAAGUGUUUGCACUGAGAUAAAUGAAGACGCAGAAGGGGCAGCUGCAAGUGAACUUGAAAGCCUUAAUUUAGAAAGUGUUAAGUGUGAUUUGGAGAAAAGCAUGAAAGCAGGUUUGAAAAUCCACUCUCACUUGAGUGGCAUCCAGAAAGAGAUUAAAUACAGUGACUCAUUGCUUCAGAUGAAAGCAAAAGAAUAUGAACUCCUGGCCAAGGAAUUCAGUUCACUUCAUAUGAACAACAAAGAUGGAUGCCAGCUAAAGGAAAACAGAGGGAAGGAAUCUGAGGUCCCCAACAGCAGUGGGGAGGUUCGUCCCUUUACUCAAAGAGUAUUUAAUGUGUAUACAAAUGACACAGACUCGGACACUGGCAUCAGCUCUAACCACAGUCAGGACUCAGAAACAACUGUAGCAGACAUGGUGCUUUUGUCAACAUAAUUGGAAUGGCUUCUUUCUAACCUACCUUAAUGUUGUUCAUGUUUGUUUAAUUUAACAGGAAACUUUAUUUUAAAUAUUACAGUCUGAAAAAAAUGUAAAUCAUGUUAAAGGAAUUAAUAAAAACUAGAGAAAUUUCUAAGUUUUUUUUGAUUUAAGAUUUCCAGUGUGACCUAAUUAUUACAAGUUCAAAGGGUGAACUGUUUAUUAGGACUGCAGCACAAAUUAGCUUGCAAGCGUAUAACAGAGAAAUAAUUUGAUGGGAAUUAGAAUCUCAUAGUUUCGAGAAAUGGUUUAGACAAACGUAAAACUCAUUCUUAAUAUUAGACAGUCAAUGUAUUGAAACUAUACACACAAACAAGUAAAAUUAAAAUGUGCUGUAAUAUAUUUUUUCUACAAUGUGUCAUUGGAACUUUUAAAUCAGUAAAGUACAUGGCAGCUGCUAUAAUGUAAAGUAUUAAUUCAAUUCUUGGUUAUUCUGAUUGGUAUUUAGAAUGUGCAUCAUCUCUCUUACUUCUUGAACCCUUCUACCUGUUUAGGCCUGGAUGGCAGGAGGUGGGAAGUGCUGCUGUUGAGACAUGUACAAAUACCAGCAGUGGAUCAGGUGCGGGUGUGGAUGAGGAAGGGCCAAGUGCAACCGAGGACAGAAAGUUUUCUAAAGAAGCCUAAAAUUAUUAAGAGAUAUGUAUGUGCUUUCUCUAUCUGACAGUGCCCAUCUUCUGAUCAGACCAAUGGGCUCUGCAGGUUCAUUUUUUGAGUAAGGUAUAGUAUGGGUUACUGAGAAAAUCACAGGAUCAUACUUCUGUUUGUUUACACCCUAUCCACAAAAGUUGAAGGGAUGAAACCUGGGGUCCUUUGUGUGAGUAAAAUAGAGUUCUGUAUGCCGUAAGUAUUAGCAUUUUGUCUUGGAACUUACAGAGAGGCACUCAUGUGAACAAAACCCUUUUAUUCUGCUACGUUAUAAUUCAGAUUGUCUUAAUAGUACAUUAUCUAAGGUGCAAACUGAAAUAAGUACUAGCUCUACUCCCUACCCCACACUGGAGCAUGAUAGUAAAUAUCCAACAAACCGUAUGGAUUACUUAGAUCCCACGUUAACUGAUAAUCAUUACAGUGCCAGACUAUGCUUGGUUUUACUUGGUUUUUACUUAAGAAUUUCUUUCUUCCUCCCUCUCUGUCUUCUCCCCUUCCCUCCCUUGCUUGCAUCUUGCCAGUGAACAUGUGAUAUAAUCACAUUGAAGACAAUUAAUUUUAUCAUUUUAUUGUACUGUUAAAUGAAUACUGCUGAAGUUUUAUUUUUUCUUUACCUGACACCUUUCCUGUAUGUCAGUGCACAUGUAAGUAGAAAUAUUUUACUUAGUUUUAAGAUGUGAAUGUCAGUUAAGAUUCCUAGUAUUUCUUACUUCUUCUCUUUCAUUCUUAUGCUUACUGUAGUGCAUGUUUUAACUGCGUUUCUAUUUUUUUAUUCCUCCAUUUCCCAGACUUUCACCAAUCUUUGGGAAGAUAUUUAGAAUUUUCUUAGUAUUUCACUUUUGGGAAGCAUCUAUGUUAUUAUUUCUUGCACCAAGAUAUUGCUGAUGGCCUUAUUUGAAGUUGGCUGGUAAGAAAAAUAGGAAUUUCCACUCCAGGGAAAGUGCAGUGAUGAACAGUAAGUAAUAAAACAAGCAUGGGUUUAAUUUUUAAAAACUAAGAAGGAAUUAUAUACUCAUCUGAGAAAGGGAAGUUUAAAUGCUUAAUAUUCCAUUAAAUCAUUCAGCAAAAUGGUAAGCUAUUGACGUGUUCUUUGUUCAUACUGGGGAUUAAAUUCAGAACAUCAUCAUCAAUGAUAAACCAAUUGUAAUGUUUUCCUGAAGUGAAAGUAAUCUCUUUAGAUUACUCUUUAGUGAGAAAAUAACGAAAAGAACAUAACUGCUAUAUAAUUUGAUUAAUUAUCUGAAUUCAAAAGAGGUUCUGAUAAGAAAUAGGACAGGACAGAUAAUUUCAUUUUAGAAACUUUGAAUUAACUCCUGCUUUUAUACAGUAAAGCACAGUGAUGCAUUCUAAGGGCCAAUUCUUCUAUAUUUUAACAGUAAAUAAUGUUAAUAACUUAUCAGAAAGCAGGACCAUUGAUUUUUAAGUUCACUUUAGAAUUUCUAUUUGUUCUUUAGUUAUAUAAAAUGCAUUUGUGCUUUCGAUUCAUUACCAUCUUAAAUCAUCAGUUACCAUGGUGAACCUCUAGUUUAGAAUAAUACAUUAAUACAAAUAACAAUAGUAAAAUACAGUGCCCUCAUCUCUCGAUACCGAGCUAUUCUUUAUUAAAUUAAGUGGGAAUUCAAAUUAUAAAUACAGAAAUUGAUAGAAGCUUUGAUGUUUAUUAUCUUUAGAACCUUUACAAUAGUGUGUGUAAAUUCUUGAGUAACCUAACAGGUCAGCUGUGAAAUUGCUGUAUGCAGCUAGAAUAGCAAACCAAAUAGCUGACUGCUCUUCCUCCUCUAACAAGACUUCGAUUUUCACAAACUGUGCCUUGUUCAUCCUCCCUCUUGGAAUGUCUCUUUUCCCUCCAUCUGCCUUACACCGAAAUCCUACCCAUUUUCACUCUUUCUAAUGUGUUAUCUCUUCUAUGAAACAUUGAUUGUUCCAUUCAACCAGUUGUAAUAGCUUGUCUCUGAAUCCACAAAUAUUUUAGGUGUACUUUUCAUAGGGGAGCAUUUAUAUUCUGGCUUAGCUUAUUUUUAUUUAUGUACUUAUCUAACUUCAUCCCUCCAAUGUAUAUUUGAUUGUCUUAUUAAUUUGUCAUCUGUCUUGUUAACCUUACUCCCUCUAAUCAAUCUUGUCCUUACUCAAUUUUUAAAUUGAAUUGCUAAAUUUUAAAAGAUUGUAAACUUUUAAAAAAUAUAUUUCUGUACAUGGUAAAUGAUGCUUGUGUAUUUUAUACAUACAUGUGCAUUUUAGCAGACUUAAAACAUUAACAGUAAUUCUACUUAUAAAUUCUUUGGGGAAGCACUAAAUCUGUGUUAUGAUGAAGAAUUUUUAAUGUAUCAAUUUUUUAUUUUAUUUUUAUUUCACAGAGUUACUGAUUUAAAGCAAUGCAAAUGUUGUCUUUUGAAAAGCAAUUCAAUAGUUAAAUUAUGGUGUUUUCCUCUGCAUUGUAUGCUUGUAAGAAAAACAUAUUUUAUAGAGUUGGGUUUUAAGUGGUAGACACACAAGAUAACUUUGGAAUAUUCUAAAGGAAAUAUCUAUUUUAUUUUCUCUGUUUUAAUUCAAAAAAAUAAGUAAAUGGCUCUUCAUUAGUGUGUAGAAGCUAUUCUAAUCCAUUAAAAUUUUAUUUUUAUAUUUAUUUAAAUAUCUACUUUAUAUGACAAAAUAUGUUUCUGUGGCUGCAUUUUAUAAUUUUUCAAAGUAGGAUUAUUGUUUUAUUUAAAAUGUAUUUUUCUAGUGAGAAAAGGAGUACCUUUAAAUUCAGAUAUAGAUUUUUUAAAAAUAUUAGCCUAUUUCUUUUUAUGCUACCUGAUUGGUUUAAUAAACCUGAUGUGAGAAACGUAAAGUAUAUAUAACUUGUUCAAGUGUAACUGGAGUCUGAACAAUAAAAGGAGUAGUUGUACCCUUUCAUAUGA